AAGGGUUAAGGCGCAAACAGUGCGGGGCCGGACAGUGAACCCAAACCUGGAGGGUUAAAAUCAAUAUAAUAGUAAUAUUCUACUCUAAAUCAAACGAGUUAAAAAUUUUAAAAAAAAGUGAGUUAUACAGUGAAGUUAACCCUACGAUGGAGGGGUUUCUCAUCGAAUCAACUGGAGAAUUUAAGAGGGGUCGUGGUAAGCUGCUUGUUAAUUGUGUUCAGGAGGAGACAAAACUUGAACCUGAUCUGCAUCUUGUAUCUUCACAAGGAGAUAUAGUUCCUGUUCAUAGGAGUGUACUAUUGUUAUACAGCAGUACACUGUGCCGUGUACUGAGUACAAUACAGUGCUGUCAGAGUGUUGCUGUAUCUCUGCCCUUUCCCACUAAAGUGCUCAGCGGACUAUUGAAGUUGAUAAUAACUGGUUCUGCUGGGGAGUUGGAUCGUCAGGAACUCGCUGGUUUAACCGAGUGUGCUCAGAUUCUAGGGAUCCCUACUCAGGGUUUAGAGGUGGUGGAGCAGAAGAACGUUGUUACUGUUCAGGUUGGAGAUGAUGGCGCUUUACAAUCUCUUCUCUCCAAAACUAAACAGUACCAAGGAAACUCAAGCUAUGGCGGACAUCAAGGACUAUCUGGUUUGAAAAAUCUUUCCGGGUCCCCAGUCCUGGGGGGGCUCCCUGGACUUCCGGGACUCCAUGGACUUCAGCUUCUUCAAAAUUUGCAGGCUCUGCAGAGCCUGCAAGCACUUCCAAAUCAUCAAGCUUUGCAUGGACUUCAACGACUUCAGGAGCUUCAGGGGCUACUAGGUGUUCCGGGGGCCCUACCAGGACUUGCAGGGGCGCCAGGGUCGGCUUUAGUGAAACCAGGAAAGAUGAGGAAGAGAAAAGCGGAAGGAGAGGAGAAAGUAGCUAAAAGAAGAAAGAAGGAUAAAUCUAAGGAACCGGCAUUGGUUGAGCAGCCAAGGUUUAGUGAGGAUGAAAUUAUUGAGAUAACUCCUGAAAUGUAUGCUGGGAUGGGGGGUAGUGAUGAUGGUAUUGGGGAGGAGGAGGAGGAGGAGGAGAGGGAUGGGGAGGAGGGGAGGGAGGGCCUUCCCAUGCUUCCUCAUCAUUUCCUCAUUCAAGAAAAUGGUGAAUCUCCCUUUGUCGGUUCUCGGGAUAGUUGGGAAAACACGAGCUGGGAUAUGGAGAAUUCAGACGGUCAGCCACUAGGACAUGGCGGAGAUUUCGAUCUCGACGCUGAUCAUGCUACUCCUGAGGUCAAGGAGAUCGUCAGUGAAAACGAUCCAGAGGUGAUUGUUUUUGAGUGCAGUUUUUGCCCAGGACAAAUUUUUAAGAAGAGAAAUGAUAUCAACAGACAUCUCAAGAAACAUGUCCCAAUAGAAAUGCGUAAGCGGUUCCAGUGUGAGAAGUGCAAGGAGAAGUUUAUAAAUAACAGCAACUUGAAAGUGCACAUGAAGGUUUGCUCUGGGAAGAUAAAGGAGUUUUUGUGCAAGAAAUGUGGAGAUGUUCAGUACAACAAAACCGACCAUUUAGAGCAUCUAGCUCGUGUACAUAACAUCAACAAGAAGCAUGCCUGUCCUAUCUGCCACAAACAGCUGAAGAAAACUAGUGAUCUGAAGAAGCACAUGGCAACUCAUAGUAACAUGAAACCCUUCUCCUGUGAGGUUUGCGGGAAGAAAUUCAAGACCGAAUCUUACGUUAAGGUUCACAUGAAGUCUCAUUUUGUAAAUGGGGAGAUACCAGAACAUUUCGGGAACGGAUCCAAUAUGGCCGCCGGAAAUGAAGGGUCAGCUGGGGAAAAUGAUUUACAGGAGGAUAUUGAAAGGAGCUCCGAAGCUUUUAUGGAGACUGUUGGAAGCUCAGACCUCGCACAAUGCUCAGAUGAUGAGGAAAGUGGAGCGUUGCGAAUUGAUUUGGAACAGGUGGACAAUCAAAAUGGCAGAAAUCUACUGGAAAAGCAAAAUGUCGGAAACCCACUGGAAAAGGAAAAUGGCGUGAAUCAAAACGAGGAAUUGUACAAUGACCAGGAGGGUGCUCAGCUGAGUUGUGAAGACUCCACUGGUUCCCUCUGGACGAAUGAGAAGGAAAUAAAGAUUAUGAAGAAUACAGAAGAUACUCCUGAAGAUAUUUCGGAGACUGCUGACACCCCUGAAGGAGGGAGUGAGUGCGUGGACACCCCUGAAGGCGGGAGUGAGUGCGUGGACACCCCUGAGGGAGGUAGCACAAGUGAUGAAAUGGAGAUACAGGAAAAUGGACUGGAGUUUGGCAAAAAGGAUCUCUAUGUUGCUCAGAUGAAUCUGUUCAGAAAUUCGCGAGAAAUUGUUUAAAAUCAGCUGAUAUCUAGGAAAAACAGCUGAUACUGUAUAAAAUUCAGCUGUUUUCUUGAGUAUAACAGCUGUUUGCUUGGUAGAUUUUUAGCUUUAACAAUUCUAGUAAAAUCUACCCUUUCACAAAAUUGUAAAAAUAUCUUCGAAAACAAUUUAGUAGAAUAAGAGGACACUUGAAGAUGUUUUUUAGGCACUUCUAGUAAUCAAUGAAACCUAAGAACUACGUGUAAUUGGGUUUUGUGCAAAUUAAAGAUUUGACUGAACUGACUUGUAAACAAAUAUUCAAUUUAUUCUCAGGAAUUUAUUGCAAAUACAGUAUUUGUUAUUUUAUUAUUUUAAUUAGAUAAAUAAACGAUAAAAUUUGCAGAA